AUGACUCCUUUCAAGGCAUUGUAUGGAAGAACUUGUUGCACCCUAUUGUACUGGGAUGAAGUUGGAGAGCGACGUAUGUUGGGCCCUGAAUUGAUUCAGAAGACCUAUGAGAAGGUGGACCGGAUAAGAGAAAAAAUUAAGGCUACACAGUCCAGGCAAAAGAGCUAUGCAGAUAGAAAAAGGCAAGACAUACAGUUCAAGGUCGGAGAAAAAGCAUUCCUGAAGGUGUCUCCAAUUAAGGGUGUUGUCAGAUUUGGGAAGAGAGGAAAGUUAAGUCCUAGAUACAUCAGCCCGUUUGAGAUCCUAGCUAGAAUUGGUGCAGUGGCUUAUCAGCUUGCACUGCCCCCAUCACUUAUCGGUGUACAUGAUGUAUUCCAUGUCUAUAUGUUGAGACAAUACAUCCCUGACUCAUCCCAUCUGUUGCCUCAGCAACCAGCCGAGCUCAUUGCUGAUCUGACCAAUAAAGAGGUGCUAGAAGAGAUUGUUGAUGUGAAAGAACACAAUCUGAGGAAUCGAAGUAUCUUUUUUGUGAAAGUCAGGUGGAGUAACCACUCUGCAGCUGAAACGUCUUGGGAAAGAGAAGACUUGAUGAGAGAGAGAUACCCUUACCUCUUCGAUCUCCCAGGUUCCAGCUCUGUGUCCAUGAUUGCUUCAAUGAUUUGGGCUGCAUCAGUCGAUGAUACAGAUGAAUCUCUCGACACUCCUAUGGAGGAUUCCAGGGAUUCUUCCCAACUUACCCUUUCGGAGUCAGAGGACCCCCAUGAAGCUACUCUCGUUACUGCUAGUGUUUCUGUGGGGAUUCCUCCUUCUCAGGACUCUCCUGCUGCUUAUGGAGCUGAUACUCCUAUCUUGGUUAAGCACGAUGCUUCGUGUUCCUGUGACGCCUGCGCGUUCUCCUGA